CUCCGGACGGCGCCCUGACUCCUUCCUCCUCCCCUUCGCUGGGCUCCGGGCGAUCGCCCCGCGCUGGUGGGGCUCCCAAUCCUCGGGAGCCGGCUCCUCUGCGCGGCCCCAGCUCGAGUUAAUAAACAGUUAAGUUUGGAAGACUCAGCAGACACGUUGAGGGGGAGUUACCCCGCCCAGGCAGCAAAAACAUCCCGGCGCAUUCCUGGGGAGUCCUCAGCUGCCAGCAUCUGAUUAGAACCAUAUCUCGCCGGGAGUGGCCCGCGGCUCCGAGGCUCCCGGGCCGGCGGCUAUUUAAGCGCGGCCGCCGUGUCGGCUGCGCGGUAGCCAGGAGGCUCAGGCACCCCCGGGAAGUCAUGCUCGCAUCGCGGAGGCGCUAGCUAGCCUGUGUCUGCAGCAGGUUAUGUUUGUUUGAGACGUCUCCAUCGGGGAUCGCUGGGUGUCGCUAAGUGUCUGCUGGUGCUGGAGUUGGCUGUCUGCCUUCUUGCCAUGUCUAACGAAGCAGAAACGAGUGCAACUAAUGGUCAGCCUGACCAACAGGCCGCACCAAAGGCACCAUCAAAGAAGGAAAAGAAGAAAGGCACUGAAAAGACAGAUGAAUAUCUUUUGGCCAGAUUCAAAGGUGAUGGUGUGAAAUACAAGGCCAAGCUAAUCGGCAUUGAUGAUGUGCCCGAUGCAAGAGGGGAUAAAAUGAGCCAAGAUUCUAUGAUGAAACUAAAGGGAAUGGCGGCAGCUGCUCGGUCUCAGGGACAACACAAACAAAGGAUCUGGGUCAACAUUUCUCUUUCUGGAAUAAAAAUCAUUGAUGAGAAAACUGGGGUAAUAGAACAUGAACAUCCAGUAAAUAAGAUUUCUUUCAUUGCCCGUGAUGUGACAGACAACCGAGCAUUUGGUUAUGUGUGUGGAGGAGAAGGCCAACACCAGUUUUUUGCCAUAAAAACAGGGCAACAGGCUGAGCCACUAGUUGUUGAUCUUAAAGACCUUUUCCAAGUUAUCUAUAAUGUAAAGAAAAAGGAAGAAGAAAAGAAAAAGAUGGAAGAAGCCAACAAAGCAGUAGAGAAUGGGAGUGAGGCCUUAAUGAAUCUUGAUGACCAAGCUUGCAAACUGAAAUUGGGUGUUGACCAGAUGGAUUUGUUUGGGGACAUGUCUACACCUCCUGACCUAAAUAGUCCAACAGAAAGCAAAGAUAUCCUGUUAGUGGAUCUAAACUCUGAAAUCGACACCAAUCAGAAUCCUUUACGAGAAAAUCUAUUCUUAACAAAUGGCAUCACCUCCUGCUCUCUUCCUCGACCAAAGCCUCAGGCAUCUUUCUUGCCUGAAAAUGCCUUUUCUGCCAAUCUCAACUUCUUUCCCACCCCUAACCCUGAUCCUUUCCGUGACGAUCCUUUUGCACAGCCAGACCAAUCGACACCCUCUUCGUCUGAUUCUCUCAAAUCUCCAGAUCAGAAGAAAGAGAAUUUGAGUAGCUCGUCUACCCCUCUGAGUAAUGGGCCCCUGAAUGGGGAUGUUGAUUACUUUGGUCAGCAAUUUGACCAAAUCUCUAACCGGACUGGCAAACAGGAAGCUCAGGCAGGCCUGUGGCCCUUAUCAAGUACGCAAACACAGCCAGCAGUGAGAACUCACAAUGGGGUAUCUGAAAGAGAACAGAACGACUUCCAUAUCAAAUCCUCCCCGAACCCUUUUGUGGGAAGCCCUCCCAAAGGACUGCCCGUACCGAAUGGCGUAAAGCAGGACUUGGAAAGCUCUGUCCAGUCCUCACCACAUGACUCCAUAGCCAUUAUCCCACCUCCACAAAGUACCAAACCGGGAAGAGGCAGAAGGACUGCUAAGUCUCCAGCAAAAGACUUACUUGCAUCAGACAUCUUUGCUCCUCCCGUCUCAGAACCUCCAGGCCAGACAUCUACAGGACAACCUGCAACCCUACAGACCAACCCCCUGGACCUCUUCAAAACCAGUGCUCCUGCCCCAGUAGGGCCCCUUGGGGGUCUAGGUGGUGUGCCAGUUAUAUCUGCUCAGACAGGACCGUGGAACCCAGCACCCUUAGUCUUCAGUCAAUCCACUACAAUGGUCCCGGGCACUAUGAUGGCUGGUCAGCCUUCAGGAUUCAGUCAGCCAAUCGUCUUUACCACAAGCCCAGCUGUUCCAGGUUGGAACCAGCCUUCAUCCUUUGCAGCCUCAGCUUCACCUCCAGCACCUGUAGUCUGGGGCCCGUCAGCAUCCGUGACACCCAAUACUUGGUCAUCAACCAGCCCGCUGGGGAAUCCGUUUCAGAGCAAUGUUUUUCCAGCUCCUGCUGUGUCAGCCCAGCCCCCUUCCAUGCUCUCCUCUCUCCUGGUCACUCCUCCUCAACCACCUCCCAGAACUGGCCCUCCGAAGGACGUCUCCAGCGAUGCCUUUGUUGCCUUGGACCCACUUGGGGACAAAGAAGUCAAGGAAGUGAAAGAAAUGUUUAAGGACUUCCAACUGCGGCAGCCACCUACUGUGCCAGCAAGGAAAGGAGAACAGAAUUCCUCUGGGACUUCAAGUGCCUUCUCCAACUACUUCAACAACAAAGUUGGCAUCCCUCAGGAGAAUGCAGACCAUGAUGACUUUGACGCUAAUCAACUGUUGAGAAAGAUCAAUGAACUACCAAAGCCAGCUCCCAGACAAGGUGCCCUGCCAAUUACCAAAUCUGCUGACAAUGCAUUUGAGAACCCCUUCUCUAAAGAUUCUUUCCGUUCAUCACCAGCCUCUAUGGCUUCUCCUCAAUCCACAUCUUCUGAUGUAUAUAGGGAUCCAUUUGGAAAUCCUUUUGCCUAACUUCUGAACUUGGCAUGCUGACUAUCCAGAGGAACAAAAAGGUUGGCCUUAGUAGUCAAGGACAGAGCUAAUAAGCAGAAAAGUCCUGACCUCUGCCCUUGUUCUAGCUUUGACAUAUUAUCUGUUGCCUUAUUUCUUGCUGCCUCUUCCACUUGUAGAAUGCCUUCCACUUUCUGUUUAGCUAAACUGAAUCUAUGGCUUUAAAUAAAUUAAGAACCUAAACUCUCUAGCUUAAAUGUAAAUGAAGUAGUUUCCCUCCUUGAACCCUUGUUUAUUGUGUCCCUAGAACCUUCUAGAACACUGUGCUGUGUACCCUCUGGCUGGGUGAUGCAGCCACCACAACCCCUCAGAUCAUACUGUUUCGAAUAAAUUUUAAAAUCCUUACUGUUCA